GAGCGGAUGAACCGACUAGUCGGAAUCACCAUCGGUGUGCUGAACGUCGGCUUCGUGGGUUACACCUUGUUCUCGGUGUUCCGUCGCAAGCAGGCCGAGUCCCAGCGGCGGCGUCGCAGCAUCAUACGACGCGACACGAUGCACCGUUUCUUCACCUGGCAUCUGACCCAAGGGGAGUGGCACUUGCACCAUGGACGCACACAUGUGGGAGUCGGGCACUUGGCCAACGCUGUCAUCAUUUGCGAGCAGCCGCAGCGUUUUCUGGACCUGAUUCAGGAGUGGUUGCCCGCUGAUGUCUACGAAUUGGUGCGCGAGAAGGUCGAUCAGCUGAUCCUUGUGGCGGAGCAACAGCAGCAGCAACGCAAUCGAGCCUGGCGCCACAUGCUCCACCGCCACGAAGUCCAGCCAAGUGAGAUCAACCACAACGAGGUGGAGUAAAGCGAGGCCACAGGGAACAAAAAACUAACCAGCAGAGCGUGUCCUUUGUGCGUAUGUGUGCCUGUGUCUGUACGUCUGUCGAUGGCAAAAUUUUAUGUCAGAUUUUAAGCUUCAAGGAGAACAGUCUGUCCAAAUUCUUGUAAGCCGAAAUAAACCAAAUUAGCAGCGAAAAAUA